AUGGAAAUAGUGGGGUGCCGAGCCGCCGAAGACAAAGCGUGUCCCUUCCGCCCCCCAGCCAUGCUCUUCCACGGCAUCUCCGGAGGCCACAUCCAGGGCAUCAUGGAGGAGAUGGAGCGCAGAUCCAAGAGCGAGGCCCGCCUGGCCAAGGGCGCGCAGCUCAACGGCCGCGACGCGGGCCUGCCCCCGCUGAGCCCGGAGAAGCCCGCGCUGUGCGCCGGCUGCGGGGCCAAGAUCUCGGACCGGUACUACCUGCUGGCGGUGGACAAGCAGUGGCACCUGCGCUGCCUCAAGUGCUGCGAGUGCAAGCUGGCCCUGGAGUCCGAGCUCACCUGCUUCGCCAAGGACGGCAGCAUCUACUGCAAGGAGGACUACUACAGAAGGUUCUCCGUGCAGAGGUGUGCCCGCUGCCACCUUGGCAUCUCCGCCUCGGAGAUGGUGAUGCGCGCGCGCGACGCCGUCUACCACCUGAGCUGCUUCACCUGCUCCACCUGCAGCAAGACGCUGACCACGGGCGACCACUUCGGCAUGAAGGACAGCCUGGUGUACUGCCGCGCGCACUUCGAGGCGCUGCUGCAGGGCGAGUACCCGGCGCCGCUGAGCUACACGGAGCUGGCGGCCAAGGGCGGCGGCCUGGCGCUGCCCUACUUCAACGGCACGGGCGCCGUGCCCAAGGGGAGGCCUCGGAAGCGCAAGAGCCCGGCGCUGGGAGUGGACCUCGUCAAUUACAGCUCAGGCUGCAACGAGAACGAGGCGGACCCCCUGGACCGGGACCAGCAGCCCUACCCGCCCUCCCAGAAGGCCAAGCGCAUGCGCACCUCCUUCAAGCACCACCAGCUGCGGACCAUGAAGUCCUACUUCGCCAUCAACCACAACCCGGACGCCAAGGACCUCAAACAGCUCGCCCAGAAGACGGGCCUCACCAAGCGAGUGCUGCAGGUUUGGUUCCAAAACGCACGAGCCAAAUUCCGAAGGAACCUUUUGCGGCAGGAGAAUGGGGGUGUGGAUAAAGCCGAGGGCCCGUCGCUCCCAGCGCCGCCCCCCGCGGACAGCGGCGCGCUCACCCCGCCCGGCCCGGCGGCCGCCCUCACAGACCUGGCCGCCCCCACUCUCCCCGUAGGGACAGCCGUGACCUCUAACCUGGACAGCCAGGAGCCCGCCAGCCCCCCACAGACCACCUUAACGAGCCUUUUCUAA